ACAUAAGAUUUGCGAACAAUUAGUAACCGAUUGCGGGAACGAUGACUGACUUAGUGGCCGUUUGGGACGUCCCUCUGUGUGAUAAAGUGCAUCGGGUUGAAUUUGAGCAUGGUACAACCACCGGCAAACGGGUCCUCAAACUCGAUGGACAGGAAUUGGUUCGAAGGGAAUGGAUGUUCAAACUGGUGGGAAGUGAGUUGUUUGAGAUCAAGGGAGAGGACGGACAGGUUUUGGCGAAAUGCGAAAUCACGAUUAACGCGAGCACUGGAUUCACGUAUGAAUACUCACUGCUUGUGAACGGAAAGCAAUUGAAGAAAUUUAGAGAAAAGCAAUCGAAAGCAAUGAGUACUUGGGUUGUGGACAUGGAUGACAAGAUGUGGAGAAUAGCAUUGGAGAAGGAAACGCUCGAUAUUUGGGUGAAUGGAGUGAAGGCGGACACGAAUCACGAGUUCGCCGACGAGGGCACGGAAAUGCAUUUCAUCGUCGAUGACGACCACAAGGCGUGCAUCAAAACCAUCAGUUCCGGCAAUAAGAAGGAGGGAAUCGUUUACUCACUUAUAGUGAACGGCAAAGAAAUAACCGAAAGUUUUAUGUAAAUCAUUGGAUUUGUUAUUUAAGUACAAAAGUCUAAAAUUAUAUCGAAUUUUAAAAAUAAUGUAUUUUUUGUACAAAUCAUUAACUGUUUAAUGACUAGAAGUGCAGUCAAUAGUGUUUUCUG